UUUACGCGUGAGAUGAGGCCCUGUCAGCCGUUGAUGUCGCGGGCCGCUGCCGUUGAGAGGCGCGUGCCGGCUGCUGCGGGCUGCCCAGGCUGCUAGCUGGCGCCGGCGUGGGGACGGGUGGAUUUUCCUUUGGACCUUCGUUCCGGAACCAUGUCUCCGCCUCUUUCCCGCUGGUGAUUCAGAGGUCCCGACGCCGGGUUCCGGGCAGCCGGGCCUCCGCCCGUCGAGGAGGGGAAGUGACUCCUCCCCGAGCUCCCCCUCCCGGGGGAGGCUGCUGCUACUUGCAGCCUGAGUCAUUAGGGGAGGGGGAGGAGGUGGCAGCCCUCGGCCAUCUGCCGCCAGCCUUGGGGCUCGAGAAGGCGGGAGGGCAGGGGCGCCGGGCGUCCCUCUCCCCACACUCCCGCCGCCGCACCCCGGGAGGCGACCGCCGCGGCCCCGGAGUCAGGAAUUUGUUCCGCAGGUGAAAGAAAAUGGCCCGAACCAAGCAGACUGCUCGUAAGUCCACGGGUGGCAAAGCGCCCCGCAAACAGUUGGCCACUAAAGCGGCCAGGAAAAGCGCCCCCUCUACCGGCGGGGUGAAAAAACCUCAUCGUUACAGGCCCGGGACCGUUGCGCUUCGAGAAAUCCGUCGUUACCAGAAAUCCACCGAGCUUCUCAUCCGGAAGCUGCCUUUCCAGAGGUUGGUGAGGGAGAUCGCCCAGGAUUUCAAAACCGACCUGAGGUUCCAGAGUGCCGCCAUCGGUGCGCUUCAGGAGGCUAGUGAAGCGUACCUGGUGGGUUUAUUUGAAGAUACUAAUCUGUGUGCCAUCCACGCUAAGAGAGUCACCAUCAUGCCCAAAGACAUCCAGUUGGCUCGCCGGAUACGGGGAGAGAGAGCUUAAGUGAAGGCAGUUUUUAUGGUGUUUUGUAGUAAAUUCUGUAACAUACUUUGGUUUAAUUUGUGAUUUUUUUUGUAAGAAAUUGUUUAUAAUAUGUUGCAUUUGUACUUAAGUCAUUCCAUCUUUCACUCAGGAUGAAUGCGAAAAGUGACUGACUGUUCACAGACCUCAGUGAUGUGAGCGCUGUUGCUCAGGAGUGACAAGUUGCUAAUAUGCAGAAGGGAUGGGUGAUACUUCUUGCUUCUCAUGAUGCAUGUUUCUGUAUGUUAAUGACUUGUUGGGUAGCUAUUAAGGUACUAGAAUUGAUAAAUGUGUACAGGGUCCUUUUGCAAUAAAACUGGUUAUGACUUGAUCCAAGUGUUUAACAAUUGGGGCUGUUAAGUCUGACCAUACAUCACUGUGAUAGAAUGUGGGCUUUUUCAAGGGUGAAGAUACAAGUCUUAACCACAGUGUAACUUACAGUUUCCUUAUUAAAAAAAAAAAAAAAGUAAACCUGGCAGCUAUAGAAUACACUAUGUGCAUUUAUAAUAGCUAUUUUAUAUAUUGUAGUGUCAACAUUUUUAAAUUAAAUGUUUUACAUUCACAUGUGGUGGGGAGUCUUGUCAUUAAGGUGUGUGUAAUAGAGUCCGGUUGGUUUUCUCCGAACUAGACUGCACUUCUUUUUCAUACGUAGUAAAAUGCUUUGCGCAUUAUACCUUGCAUAAGUCCUCAUUCUACCACAUGUUAACUAAUCCUCUAGCUGAUAAUGCAGACACUAACGGGGGGGUUUAUUUAUAAGGGCUCUAGGAUAUAAUACGAGUUAUUCACACCAGCAUCAUCUGUUACUAAUAUAGUAGUUAGUGCAGCUUUUCUUUGUGUUGUGGUUCGUCUCAUAACUAGGUUGAGUUUUUCUCUACCAAGAGGGAACAAUACUGAACUUCUUUUCCUUGUGGAGUUUGUAUUAUAAUAACCCUUAGGGUAAACUUGCUGUGGGGGAGGGACACACAGCUUCAGCUCAUGGAACCUCUGCCAGUUAAAAUGGUGUCAUCUGGUAUAAGGUCCUGGGAAAAAUCACUUAAUAGAGAUGGCUUUCCAAGUGGUUUUCAAAUUUAUCCUUCUAUUGAAGUUUUUAGGUCAAUUAUGUAUGUUGACUAAAUUUACAAAUAAACUUGUUUAUCCAA